AUGGCUACUGUUCACUCCCUUGCUGCCGUUGCCCUCUUGGCUAUUUUGUGCUCUCAUGGCACCUUGGCCUCUGAUGCGGAUCUUCUUCAGGACUUCUGCGUCGUCGACAAGACAUCUCAAGUGCAUGCCAAUGGGUUUCCUUGCAAGGAUGCCAAGGACGUAAUCGCCGAUGACUUCUUCUUCUCCGGCCUCCACAUGGCCGGCAACACCACCAACAAGCAGGGUUCCAACGUGACCAACGUCAACGUUGCACAAGUCCCAGGGCUCAACACCAUGGGCAUCUCCCUUGCCCGUGUCGACUAUGCAUCCAAUGGCCUCAACACGCCUCACACGCACCCGCGUGCCACUGAGAUUCUAACUGUUCUCGAGGGGUCUCUCUAUGUUGGCUUCGUGACAUCAAACCCCGAGAGUAAAUUGUUCGCCAAGGUUCUUAACAAGGGUGAUGUGUUUGUGUUCCCGCAAGGGUUGAUCCAUUUCCAGUUUAACCAUGGGACAAGCAACGCAGUGGCUCUUGUCGCUUUGAGCAGCCAAAACCCUGGGGUGAUAACAGUGGGAAAUGCAGUUUUUGGGUCAAAGCCAUCCAUCUUGGAUGGCAUACUUGCUAAAGCAUUUCAAGUGGAUAAGAACAUCAUAGACCGUAUUCAAGCUCAAUUCUAG